AUGGGCGUUCAAAGACUACAAGUCGGUAUGGCCGGCCUUGGCCGUGUCGGAAAGCUGCAUGCUAUCAAUUUCCUCCAAAAGACCCCUCGCGCCGAACUUGUCGCAGCCUUCACUCCCGACCAGAAUGAGAUUGCCUGGGGCCGAGUCAACCUUGAGCCCCACGGAGUGACUCUGUACACCGACUAUGAUGAGAUGCUGAAACACCCCGGUCUUCAGGCAGUUGCUAUCGGAACUGCCACUUCAGUCCACGCUGAAGAAGCCAUCAAGGCGAUCGAGAAGGACCUGCACGUCCUGUGCGAAAAGCCCCUCUCUGUCGAUGUGGAAGUGUGCCGUGCCGUGGUUGAAGCCGCCAAGAAGAAGCCUCACCUGAAGGUGAUGUGUGGCUUCUCACGACGCUUCGACGAGUCCUACCGCGAUGCCUUCGCAAAGACCGAGCAGGGCCUCAUUGGUCGUCCCUCGAUUAUUCGCAGUCAAACUGCCGACAAGUUUGACCCCUCUGGAUUCUAUGUGGAGUAUGCCGCCUGGUCUGGUGGUGUCUUCGUCGACAUGUCUGUCCACGACAUCGAUCUGACUCUCUGGUUCUUCGGUGACGAUUCCAUUCCCAAGAGCAUCUCCGCCCAUGGUAUCACUGCCGUCCAGCCCGAGCUGAAGAAGCACAAGGAUUACGACAACGCAGUCGGCAUUGUCGAGUUCCAAAAUGGCAAGAUCGCCUACUACUACUGCACCCGCAUGAUGGCUCACGGCCAGGAGGACACCACAGAGAUCAUUGGCACCGAGGGCAAACUCACCGUCAACGGCAAUCCUCAGAAGAACUUCGUCAACUACUAUCACUCCGGCGGCAUCACUCGCGAAGUCCCGCCCAACUUUAUCGGCCGCUUCGGACCUGCAUUCACAAAUGAGGCUAACGAGUUCACCGCUGCCUGCCUCGACAACACACCCCUUCCAAUGAAGUUGACUAAUGCUGUCAAGGCUGUUGAGAUUGGAUCCUAUCUUCAGGAGGCCCUGCGAAGCGGCAAGCAGAUUCACUUCGACGAGAUCGGUCGCCGCAUUGAAGAGUCUAAGCUAUAA